GCGCAAGCCAAUAGCCCACCGCAAAAAGGAGGCAUGCUCGACGCAUUGCUCGUCGUCCAGGCCAAUCUUGCGGGCUCAUAUGAUGCUCUUGGACGCUCUGAACAGGCCGCAAAUCUAUAUCGAGAUGUAUAUUCCGGACGUCUAAAGCUCAAUGGUAUGGAAAAUGAACAUACUCUCAUAGCAGCCAACAACUACGCGUCGUCCCUUAGGAAUCUAAAGCGCUUCAAAGAAGCCAGGUCGCUGCUGCGCAAAACCAUUCCCGUGGCACGACGCGUUCUCGGAGAUAGUCAUGAAAUCACGCUCAGGAUGAGGUGGGUUUACGCGGAGACUUUCUACAAAGCCGACGCCGCGACGCUUGACGAUCUCCGCGAGGCCGUGACGACGCUCGAGGACACGGAUCGGAUCGCGCGGCGCGUGCUCGGGAGCGCGCAUCCGCUCGCAAAGAUAAUCGGGAACAAUCUCCGACUUGCGCGAGCAGUACUCCAAGCCGCGACGGAGAAGUAA